AUGGCCUCUCCAUCGACUUCGGCUGAAAGGAUGUUGCUUAGGGAGGGAAAGGGUAUCAUAGAGAGAUUUGUGUUGGACUCUGAGGCUCUAUGGACUCUCAAAGCUAAAGCCAUCAGUGGACGGGUGCCUAACCCAACACGUGUCCAAGUCAUAUCAGCCUUCAUUUGGAAACAUGCUAUGGCUGCAUCAAGAGUGGUUUGGGGUAUGAAACAACCUUUCAUAUUGAGUCAACAAAUGUACUUGAGGCAACGAACAUUGGUAACGUCGUCAUCAAAAUAUUCUGUUGGGAAUCUUUUGUGGAAAGUAGUUGCACAUUGUGAUGCAGUCGUUGAAGAUGAAGAGAUCAUGUCAUUGAAUGGCUUGGUGGGCUUACUGAGAGAUACAAUAGAGAGAACAAGAGACGAUAUUCUGCCAAAGCUACAGCAAGGAGAUGAGGGGGGUUAUGAACUAUUCAUUAAAGAAAUAUGUGAGAGUAACAAAAAUCUAAACCCAUACAUGUUUAGCAGUUGGUGCAAAUUGGGUUUCAAUGAAGUUGAUUUUGGGUGGGGAAACCCGGCAUGGAUUAGUUCUGUUGGGGCUAGAGUUGAUUCCAUCCAUCAGAAUAUUAUUUUUUUGAUUGAAGUUGGAUUGGAUGAUAAAAUUGAAGAUUGGCAACAACCACUUUCGGAAAUGUCACCACCGCGACUCUUUCUCACUAGUGUCAUCUCCGCAUUGUUUUCAUCAUCAUUCUCAUGCUUCUUCUUCUUCUUCUAUAAGCCCUAUAUCUAUUCUUUCUCUUUUUCACGCAAGGAUUGA